CGGAGGCGGGGGGUGAACGAGGGCCGGUCAGGGGCUCGGGGAGGCGCUGAGGAGCCGCCGCAGUCGCUCGCCCCCUUCGCCCCGGGGAGCCAGGAGGCAGCCGCACCGGCAGAGGAGCCUCGCUACGCCGGUACCUGCUAUAGGAAGUUAAAGGAAGGACAGAACAUGUCUUCAGUCUCAGCUUUUUACAAUGGCAAGACCAUACUUAUCACAGGAGCUACGGGGUUCAUGGGCAAAGUGCUGGUGGAAAAGCUUCUGCGCUCCAGUCCUGAAGUGAAAGCAGUUUAUAUACUUGUCAGGCCAAAGGCUGGACAAUCAAUGCAAGAAAGAGUGGCCAACAUGUUGAAAUGCAAGGUCUUUGACAGGGUCCGAGAAGACUGCCCUAAUUUCCAUGAGAAGAUUAAGCCUAUUAAUGCUGAACUCACUCAGCCCAAGCUGGCCAUCAGUGCUGAAGAUGAGGAGGAGCUUCUGACCCGGGUCAAUAUUGUCUUCCACUGUGCAGCAACAGUUCGCUUUGAUGAACCCUUGAAGCAUGCCCUGCAGCUGAACGCCAUGGGCACACAGCGGCUCCUGGAGCUGGCGCGGCAGAUGCAGAACCUUGAGGCCUUCAUCCACAUCUCCACCGCCUAUGCAAACUGCAUCCGGAAGUGCAUAGACGAAGUCAUCUACCCACCCCCAGCUGAACCCAAGAAGCUCUUCGAUUUAGUAGAGUGGUUGGAUGAAUCUAUCAUUCAAGACAUCACACCCAAGCUACUUGGGGCCUGGCCCAAUACUUACACCUACACCAAAGCCUUGUCAGAAUACCUGAUUCAGCAAGAGAGAGGAAACUUGAACAUUGCCAUCAUCAGGCCAUCCAUCGUGGGAGCUAGCUGGCAUGAGCCUUUCCCUGGUUGGAUUGACAGCUUCAAUGGGACAAGUGGAAUAUUUAUUGCGGCGGGCAAAGGGAUUCUGCGGACCGUGCUUGCCAACAAUGAAGCAGUGGCAGAUAUGAUUCCAGUAGACGUCGCCAUCAACCUCACCCUUGCGGCUGGGUGGUACACUGCUGUGCACAGACCAAAAAACACGUUGGUGUUCAACUGCACAACAGGUGGAAUCAACCCUUUCUUCUGGGGAGAAAUGGAGCGGUACGUCAUGUCCACGUUCAAGAGGAACCCUCUGGAGCAGGCCUUCCGGACACCCAACGCACACCUGACCUCCAACUACCUGAUAAACCAGUACUGGGUAACUGUCAGCCACAAGGCGCCCGCCAUACUCUACGACCUGUACAUGAGGCUCACAGGGAGAAAGCCCAGAAUGAUGAAGAUUAUCAAUCGACUGCACAAGUCUAUGAUGCUCCUGCAGUAUUUUUCCACCCAGUCCUGGGAUUGGUCUUCAGAUAAUAUGAAUAUGUUAAUGAGUCACCUUAACACAGAGGACAAAAAGUUAUACAACUUCGAUGUUCGUCAGCUGCACUGGUCAGAAUACAUUGAAAGCUACUGCCUAGGUGCUAAGAAGUACUUGCUGAACGAGGACAUGGCUGGCAUUCCAGCAGCAAAGCAGCACUUACGAAAGCUGAGGAACAUCCGAUAUGCAUUCAACACCACCCUUCUUGUGAUCAUCUGGCGCAUUUUCAUUGCAAGGUCACAGAUGGCUCGAAACAUCUGGUACUUUGUGGUGAGCCUCUGCUACAAGUUCCUUUCCUACUUCAGGGCAUCCAGCACCCUCAGGCACUGAAGCCAUCCAUCAGCAACCAGCCUCUUCUAGAAGGACCUCCAUCUCCUCUAAUCAGCAACUAUGGGCAUCGGGGUCUGAAAGUAGCAGGAAAAUCCACUCCCUCCAACAGCAGCCUGCAUUUAUCAUGCACUGUUAUAUGUUCACCUUUAACUAAUGCUUUAAUACAUGGUGGUCUUUCUUCCAUAGGACGAUGCCAAUUUUUAAAGCCAUAACUGAAGCUUUAGGAACAGGUCAAGCUGGAACCAUUCAUCUAGAGUCUGAUGUGCAAGAGUAAGGAUUAACCAAAGUCAUUGUCUUCCCAUGUAUUACCUAGGCUAUCUUAAUCCCAUCUUCUUCCUCAAAAGAGGCAAAUGUAAAGCCUUGGGAGGAAAGAAUGCCAUCAGAGAGAAGACCUAUCCAAGGAAAUUAACCUGCAAGAGGUCUUCCUAAGAGGCUAUUCCUUCAUUCUCAUGCAACGAAAUGGUACGUUGUUGAAAAACAUCAUUUCACAGUUUCGGUUUUUCAGAAGAGGAGGUGGGGACAGGCAGUUACACUAGGCCAGUGAACACUCUGAACACUUUUCAGAUCUUGUCUCAUAUUGCUACUGAGGACUGCUGCUUUCAAGCCAUAACUGAAGACACACAUAUAAUUCAUGUAUCUGUGUUAACUGUACUCACUUGCAGGCUACUUUCUCCUGGAGAGGUAUUUUUUCUCUCUGUGGUUAAGGUUGCAGGCUGUUAACCCCCCCUGUUCUUGUAUUCUCACUUUUGCCUGGAAUUUUUUUUUUUUUUGCUUGAAAAAUGCUGUAUUUAUUCUGAGAAUGAAGAGAUGACUUCUUAAAAGAUUGAAAAAGAACUCAGAAGCUCUAUUAUUUUUGAGGGAUAGGUCUUUUCCUCCCCUCUUCAAUUUGUCUGCAGAAAACUUUUCUCCCUGUAGAGCAAAAACAGCCUGAUACUGUCCUUCACACUUUCAUUACAGCUAAAUCACUUUGCAGUUGAUCACUUCCACUGGCAAAGAAAGUGCAGACCCAUGUGGAGGAAAUCCCAUCAGGCCAAUUCUGCUGGCACUCUUGUCAGUAGGAAUUUAAAAGUCAGAAACUUGGUUUUCAUUGAGAACAGAAAAGGUUUCGUUGACUUCUGUGUUACAACCAUCAUGCAAUGCGUUUUGUCCUACAAUGCAGUUUAGAAAGGAACCCAAGGAUCUUCCUGAUGCUCAUGGCUAUUUCAGAGACUUGUUCCACCAAAGUAUGAAUUCCUGCAGGAGGAGAGAGAAAGAGAAAGAGCCUUCUGCAAAGUAGCUGGUGCAGCAAGGGCUUUAGCGCAACAGCAGCAAACGUAUCAUGCUAUCAGAUUUUCAAAAGCAAAUCUAGUACUGGAAUAUUCUUUAUUCAGAUAGCACCAAAUCAGUACUUUAAGAUUACCAGUUUUUAAAGCAGCUAGUUUUGGAGAUACUGCAGUAUCCAUUUUCUCUCGUCUUUUGUCAUGCUAGAUGUCUGAAAAAGUACCGUUACCAAAAAAUGGCAGUUGCUCUUGUGGGAGAUGAGAAUAGCAGAGUAUUUACAAAGCUGGCAUUCCUCAAUAACACUGUGUUUUGGGUUUUGGCAGCAAAGAUGAGAGCAAGUUAUGGUGACAAUGUAUUCCUAACUUAGGCGUCCAGGCUAGCACAAAAGACUUUCUAAAGGUGCAAAGAAUUAAUCUUCCUCCAUAUGCUCCAGAAAUCUAUUGUUAAGCAAUUACCAAAGGAUCACAGGAUGUCAGGGGUUGGAAGGGACCUCUGGAGAUCAUUGAGUCCAACCCCUCUGCCAGAGCAGGACCAGAGAAUCCAGCACAGGGCACACAGGAACACAUCCAGAUGGGUCUUGAAAGUCUCCAGAGAAGGAGACU